UUCAGUGGCCAGAGUUUUGUGAACAGUUAAACAAUAAAGAUUGUUACGCGAUGUUUGCUGCUUUGAUUUUGACAUGUUUCUUCCUGAGCAGCUCGAUUGCUAAACAGUUCAUUUGCGGAAUACCCAAAGUUCACAAAGGGCCGACUAUUAAAGGGGGCAACUCCGUCAACAGCGGAGAUUGGCCCUGGCAUUCAGCGGUUUAUCACAAAGAUAGACAUUCAUUCCGAUAUGUCUGUGGCGGAACUCUCAUAAGUGAAGAAUUCGUGAUAACGGCAGCUCACUGUCUGUUUAACGUUGACAACAACCAGCGUUUGAACGGGAACAGAAUUUUCGUUCGACUUGGAGUUUACAAUUUGGACGAAAUUAGUGAAGAAACCAAACAAUUCCCAGUUCAAAGGUUACAUAUUUAUGCUAACUUCAGUAGCAGAAAUUUACAGGACGAUAUUGCCAUCUUGGAACUGGCCGAAGUCGCUCGAUUUACAAAUUACAUUCUGCCGGCAUGUUUGAGUAUGGAAUCCACAAGCUCUCAAGGAACAGUAAUUGGAUGGGGUCUGGUGGAAAAUGACGAAAUUUCCCCGGUCCUUAAGAUAGCGCGUCUUCCCGUUAUCGAUACAUUGAACUGUCUAAUCAGUGACCGAGACUAUUUCGGACAAACGCUCGAUAAUGGAAUGUUCUGUGCUGGGCACAGGAAUGGAACAACGGUCUGUAAUGGGGACAGUGGAGGUGGAUUUUUCGUCAAACAUGGCAGUAGCUGGCACCUGCAAGGGAUUAUCUCUUUCAUAAAGAAGCGUCCUGACCAUUCCAACUUUUGCACCACGGAUAGCUAUGCCGGAUUUACGAACGUUACGGAUUACAUCCCCUGGAUCAGGAACAUAACUAGCAUUCGACUGAAAGAAAAAGCCUCAUGCUCCCAUGGAAAACGUAAGCUGAAGAAAAAGCACUUCCAUGGAUCAAGGGACGAAACGGAAUCCGAAGAGAUAUUCAUACUGGCCGGGGUAUGGACUACUUCAUAACAAAUUGGCAUGGGAAGAUAUUCCAUUUGUGAGAUUACAAUAGUAUCGAAAAAAUUUGUGGUCACUUCAAGUGGAUGCGUAUCAGAUACACCAGGGAAUAUGUUUGUAAAGGUAGGCCGAAAGAAGGAUAGUUUGGGAUACAUGGAGUAUAGUCAAGUGCUUAAUGUUAGUAAGGUGAUAAAACGCGAAGAUUUUUUCGCAAUAUUACAACUUAGCUCUGAAUUAGCUAAUGUUUUCCGAUCACGUUCAGCCAAUUUGUCUAUGGGAAGGCGGCACACCACAAGAGCACAUUGACGGUCAAAUUGGAUACAUGGCAAGUGAUUAUAUAACUUUAGGUUCUCAUCAUUUCGGUGAAGAGAGAGAUGAAUGACAUUCUGGUGUUAAAAUCCUUAUGAUGAAAUAAAUAAAAAAAAAAAUCGGUGAAGACGUUGAAAAGAAGGCACGCGAUGCAAUCACUUUCGAAAUAAUUCCCAGCGCAGUGUUGGGGGAAAUAAAAAUCCUUAAAGCAGCCGUUUGUUAAUAGCAGCUUAAAGCUAAAAAAUAUAAACUUUAUUCAGUAUAAUUUUUAAAGAAAGGAAAAUGUUAAUCUUACAUUUGGUUUACUACCCACGAUCUACAAAUUUGCUUUGCUCAACUGGCGCUUCUGCGUUGCACAAAGUGCGAUUUGCACCAGUUCCUAAUAAAUUUAGUUCUAAGUUACAAAGAUGAAUACAUCGAAAAUACGUUUAGUAACUUACGUGAGGAAUAACUAGGCAUAUAAUUGUUCGGAAUAGGUUUACUUUAGAUAAUAGUUUCUACGCUGACUUCAUCUAGCGCCUGCGGAGUAAUUGAUUUUAGGUUAUAGUAGGACAAUAUAGGAAACUAGGUAUUAUUGUUAACUCACAUCAAUCGAUUUUGUUAAAUUUCGAUCACUAUACCAGCGUAGAGUAAUGAUGAUUAUAAACUUUGUAUUUAAAUCUUAUGUAUAAAUGACUUUAAAGCGAAAUAAUCUCAGCAAUACGAAUGGCAAGAACUAAUAUCACUCCUCGUUUUCAAAUUGUUCUUCGUCACUUCCGUUGGUAAUCUCGAUUCUGGUUAUUUGACAGUUCUCUUCAACUGGUCCUUCUCGUCGUGGUUUUGUUAGGCGUUACGCCUGCCAAAACGACAUCCAGAUAUCGAAAGCUUUUUAGGAGAUAAACUGUUUUGUGCACGCAUGCUCAGUGAAAAAAUCAUUCUUGUCCAUCAAGGUUCGGGUCUUUACAUACAUCAUAAUAAUCGAUGGGUGCUACGAGCAAUGUCACUGUACAGGCUCACACCAGAUAAAAAUUCUGUAGCACCUUUCGUAGAUGUUAGCAGAUAUUUAACUUCCGAUACGGAGCUCUAAGCAGAUGCAACCUUAGGAGUGUAGCUAUCUAUAGUGCUGAAAUAACGUGUUCUACCAGGGCAACCAAUUUUUCAUUCUAACACGAAUAAAAAUUCUUGUUCGGUUGCCAAUUUAACAAA